UUGAACGCUUGACAUCCGCUUAGCACGUGGUCUUUUAGUCAGUAAACAGUAAGCUAGUUUGCGAUGGCUACUUCAAGGAAACGGGUUCACUUCGUUGAUGAAGAGGAGAAGCAAGCGUUUCUUGGUCGCCUAAAGCACGUCCGUGAGCUGCUAAAGCCUCCUGGAAGCCCUCUGCUUGACAACUUUAGCCUGUUGAGCACACUCUGUGCUUCUGUUGAAGGUGACCCAGAUCACUCACACCCUCCCCCUACCCCUGUUACUGCAAUCAGGAGCUUUAUGAGCAACAAUGGUAUGUACAAAAACGAUACUUCCGAUGGGCAACAACUCUUUGCCACGGAGUAUCAUUGUUUCACUGACCUAGUGAAAGGGCUUGCCACGCCCUGUCCGUGUGGGGUAACUAGAAGUCCCUGGGAAGUCCAGUCAAUAGUACAGAAAGGACAUGUGGUACGAGCUCUUUUUUGCUGCCGACGCUGUAAGGUGCAGAAGAGAAAGUGGUCUAGCUCCCGUGUAUUUGGAGGACAUUAUUUGGUGAACCAGAAGGUUGUUCAUGGGUUUACUUGUGCUGGAAUUCUACCCUCCCAAUACACCCACUUUAGUCAGUUCUGUGGUUUAGGGACUGUUGGUCAAAGUUACAUCCGACAAGUGUACGGAAAGCUAGGUUACCGUGACAUUGUACAAAGGGCAGCAAACGUGAGCAUGAUGUCGGCUGUUUUUGAUGUGAAGGCCCUUCCUGAGUAUACCACCAACAAAGGAGAGUGGGUAAUCACUGAUGCCCGGCACGACUCAACAGCCAACGCAUACCACACAACUGUGCCUUGCCUGUCUGGAAGCAACAAGAAGAUACUCGGCAUAUCAACUCUCUCUCGGGCCGAACACUCUACUGCACAGACCAGAGAACUUGCAUGUACCAAGCUUGUUAUCCCUCAAGUGCAAAGCAGAGGUAUUGAAGUCAUCGAGGUAGCUCAUGAUAUGCAGGCGCAGGUCGCAAAGUACGUGUCAGACGAGUCGGGACUCAUCAAUUCCUACGACACUUGGCAUGGAACGAAGAAUGUGUCGAAGGAAAUAAAGAAAGUAACACAGGGCCUAGUUCGUGAUAGAGGGAAGGUUUGGUUUCCUGAAUUAUCAGAUAAACGAAGAAGUAUAAAGAUCCACCUGUAUUGGGCAAUGAAAAAUUGCGGAGGGUCUGCUGAGAAACUGAAGGAGAUAAUAAUGAAUAUCCCUAAUCACUACCAGAGAAUCCACACAAAUUGCCACCCUUCCUCUACUUGCCACAUGGACGACUACGAACCCAGUAGGGACAAGCUUGUUAGCAGAAAGGCUAUAGAAGCUCUCAUAAAGCAGCUCCAUACGACGUACAUUUACCGCUAUGCUAAAGAUUUCUGUUCGUGUCGUGAUACCUACUGGGUUGAGUCGUUCAACCAUCAACUCCUCACCUACCUGCCCAAGCGCAUUCACUUUUCGACUGAGACGUUCAUAAUGCGAAUGAAUUUGGCUGUCUUGGAUUGGAAUGAGAACAUCAAUCGCUCUUACACCAGUAUGAGCAAAGUGAGUGACCUUCGACGAUCAGAUCGCCGCACAGCAAUGAAAGCCUUAGUGAAGAAAGGUUUUAAAUUUGUUGCUUUGCUAUGGGCAAUGUAUGUUGAACAAAACAAAGCUGAUAUGAGAGAAUUGAUCGAAGAAGAUGACGUAGUAGAGGAGCAGAAUGAUGACGUGACCUUAGAAGACGGAGUGAUGCCACCAGAAUAUUCUGACGAGUCAGAGGCUGAGGACGAUGACAUGGACGACUAACAAUUAAUGAUGACAUGGCCGACUAACAAUUAAUGAGUUUUAUUUACUACGUAAUUGGUGUGUACAGGAUAAUUAUAAGGCAGUCACUCUCUAGAGGUGGACUCGGUUUCCAUAGCAGCCUCUUCUGGCAAAUACGCAGUUUCUGCCUCAAAUGUUGAUCUGUAAUAGUAAUAAGGAAUUAGUAUUUGCUUUGCUCUUGUUAGCCCCCCUAUGCUAAAUUCCUAGUCUCUUAGCAUAGUAGGCACACUAUUCCAUUUGAUAUCAAGGCCUUACCUGUAGUCACGGUAUAUGCCAUUGUGGCUGGGGUACCUCCUCCUAAUCUCCUACACAAGAGAAACAGUACAUGUACAUACCUGUAAAAUUUUAUCACUUACUAAAACUACACAUUUCGGGAUUAUUUCCCUCUUGUCAUGUAUCACUGUCCUCGUCUCCUUCCUAGCCAAAUACUCAUCAUCUACCCACACUCUCAGUGUAUUCAGCAACCUCCAGAACUUUCUGUACAGUUGAUGUCUUUUCUCAUCGUUGGCAGGCUGGGGGCCACAAGAUCCUCUUAGAAAGUCUGGAGGAAGCUGAAUCACACACGGUGAACACAGGCAGUGUAUGCAGUGAUCAAUGCCACGGAGAACUGGAGUUGCUGGGUUGUGCUGGUAACCACGAACAUGGUGCGGGUAUUCUAAUAAAAAAAUUUGACUUGUGUGUUUAUUUCUACUUUUAUGUACAUGUACCUUCUUGUGGUUCUAAGUCGUCGCUAUGAGUGUCUAGUGCUAGUGUUGCAUUCAACGUCAGCUGUACUGUUCAAUUGCCGCUUGGUUGGUUGUUCCGGAGAAAGUCGUUCAACCUGUCCACCCAAUCACUUGGAACUGCUUCCCCACUCAUUAGUAUUAGCUAAAGUAUGGAUUUGUAUGACUUUUUACAUUGUUCUAUUGUGUUCUUACUCUAUUUCCAUCGCUGUUGGAGCUGCCAGAAGCCAUUGUACCACAAAAAAAACCAUAUGGGUCUUGAAAAAACUUAGAAGUGUUGCUGCCAUGUGUUCAGGCCUUCUAAGGCUACUUCUGGGCAUGUGCAGUAAAAUAAGUGUGUUUGCGUACUGUACGUGUGUGUGCUAGAGUCAGAGAGCAGCCAGAGUUUGAAUUAGCCGCCAUUUGCAGCAGCAUUCACUUCCGGCCGGGCCCUGCCCCUUUUAUACCGUGGGCGUAGCGCUCUAGCAACGAGUGCGUAAACGCGCAGUUCAUAGAUUGCAUAUCAAUUUUAUGCACAAGCUUCUCGUUUAAGCUGCAUCCUCUAUAUGGAGCCACCUUUGAAGAAGCAAAGGACUACUCAGUCUGUAACAAGAAAGGUAUAAUAAUAGUUAUAUAUACUUGUUAACAGGAGCUAUCGUUAAUUACAAUUAUUAUUAUGUGCACACUAUACCGUUCAUUAUAAUUAUUGUGUGCACAUUCGACAGAAUUCAAGCUACUGGGUGAAGGAUUUGGACCUGAGGACGGGAGACAAGGAUGUAAUUCUUGCUGAGAGCGGGUUGCUUUCCGACCGUCAUAUGCAUGCUGCCCACAAACUAAUGAGAAUGCAAUUUCCAAAUAUUGAAGGCUGCUACUCUACUCUUCUGGUUCAGAAGAUGUCCUUUCAUGCAGUCACUAAUAGUGAAGCCACAGAUAUUCUUUGUAACAGAGAGGCAUCACUGGAUUGCGACAGCACUCAUCAAGGGGGAACUUUUCCUCUUGAUAGCUGCUUCCAAUAUGGGAAAGAACUGGAGCCAAGUGCUGAGCUGCAAAUCGCACAAAAUAAUGUAUAAGCCUUUAAUAGCCCGCACAAUGGGCUGUUACUGUCUGUGGCCUCCAUUCAACAGCAGAGCAGUGGCAGUAACAACUGUGGUUUGUUUGCAAUUGCCGCUGCAUACCACGCAUUGCAAGGAGACAAUCUGGAUACCAUCACCCUAAAUGAAGACAAAAUGAGGCCACACCUUGUGCGUUGCUUUGAAAAUGAGAAACUCAGAAGAUUUCCAAAGUCAAAAGAUGUUAGUAGCCGCAAGAGACCAGAAAGAUUUUCCAGCAUAGUAAUUACGAUAUACUGCCCUUGUCUCCGCCCUGACUGUUAUGAUGUAAUGGUCCAGUGCGAUACGUGUAAUGUGUGGUAUCAUUAUAAAUGUGUUCGUAUUAAAGUAUCUCCACUUGGAGAUUGGUUUUGCCCUAUAUAGUUGUAGAUCUAAAUAGAAUUUUUUAGCAUUUCCUUAUCUUCCACUAGCUGUUUUUGUUUAUACACUGUAAUAAUUAUUAAUUUGCGCUGUUGUUUUGUUUGUUUUUCAUGCACUGUAGAUCUAGUUAUUGUGAGGAUGUUGUUGUAUUAUAAGUUUUGCUUUACAGUGA